AUGAGCAACGCUAAUCAUGAAUUCCCCAGUGGGAACACCAGAGCUGUCAAAUCUAUUAUGAGUAACACUGAGAUAGACAUUAUGCAGAAGAAUCAAGAAAUGGAAAAGGAAAAUGUGCCAACAACUACCUGGCAAAAAUUCAUGAGAGCACUAGAAGUUCCUCACCAGGAAAAACCUCUGUCCGCUCUUCGGAACCCUGAUCUUGAGCCGAUUUUGAUAAAAGAACGGACCUGGGGGUUCUGGUCCUUUUUCGCAUACUGGGGUCUUCCUAAUUUCGCUGUGGCAACCUUUUCAACCGGUUCAGCCUUACUAGCUCUAGACUUAAACAUUCAGCAAUCUAUCGGAUCGUUGGUGAUAGCAAAUGUCCUCAUAGCUGUCUACACCAUUAUGAACUCCAAUCCCGGUGUCAAAUAUCACAUAGGCUACACACUCAGUCAAAGAAUGAUUUUUGGAAUAUACGGCUCUUACAUUGGUAUAAUAAUCCGUGUUGGAAUAUCAGUGGUGCUUUACGGCUACCAAGGGUGGCUUGGUGGUCUUUGUAUCAACAUGGUAUUCGAUUCAUUUUCUUCAAAUUACUUGAACAUGAAGAACACAUUCCCAGAGUCAGUACCGAUGGCGCGAAAAGAUCUUAUUGGUUUUCUCUGUUUCCAAUUGAUUCAGAUACCUUUUGCGUUCGUAAGACCAAGUCGUGUCAACAUUCCAUCCAUAGUGACGUGCUUUAUGACGCUGUUCUCCAUCAUCGGUAUGUUGGCUUAUCUUGUCCAGACAAAUGGCGGCCCCGGCCCAUUAUACUACGAAAAGGUGCUACUUUCUUCGAGUAAGAGAUCCUGGAUGUGGUUGUACUCUAUGACGAUUUGGUAUAGUGGCAUAUCCCCGGCAGUGGCCAAUCAGUCCGACUAUUCUCGUUUUAGUUCCGGAACUUUAUCCUGUUAUUUAGGCCUUUUCAUUGGCAUAGUGUUGCCCGGAACCUUUGUGUCUCUGGCAGGCAUGCUUUGCGCUUCAGCCUGUAAAGGGUUAUAUGGCUCUGCUUACUGGACACCUAAUGAAAUUGUGGAGGAAUGGCUUAAUAAUGACUAUUCUUCAAAAGCGCGAGCCGCAGCGUUUUUUAUCGGUAUCAGCUUCACGGGUUCUCAAGUUUUUCUGAACUUGACUCAGAACGGCUAUGCUUGUGGAAUGGACCUUGCAGGAAUUUUUCCUCGUUACAUUGAUGUAACUCGUGGUACGCUCUUUGCUCAAUUAAUCUCUUGGGUGGUUCAACCGUGGACAUUCUUCAACACGUCUUCCUCUUUUUUAAAUGCGAUGAGUUCUUUUGGUAUCUUUGUGACACCUAUCAUGACGUUGAACAUUAUCGAAUUUUACUGGAUUCGAAAAUCUAAGAUCACCUUGAUUGACUUCUUUACUUUAUCCAAAAAGGGCGCGUACUGGUAUUCGUCCGGAUUCAAUUGGAAGUCUAUUUCAUGCCUCCUAAUUGGUGUAGCUUUAGGAAUUCCUGGCCUUGUUUACCAAUCACAACCUGACCUUACGAUGAAUUCGGCGAUGAUGAACUAUUACUAUGGCUACAUGUUUUUUAUCCCGCUCGUUACCGGCGUUUUGUAUUGCGGACUAACGUAUAUGUUCCCUGAUCACCAUGAAAAAAUGUGCCAUGUCGAUCCUUUGGACUUCUUCAAUUGCUUCUCCGAUGCCGAGUUGCAAAAACUGGGAAUGCUACCGUUCGAAGAAAAUCUCAAUGAUAUAUGUGAGUACUUAGAUGCGGAAGAGCCUCAAGAAAGUAAGGACAGAAUUAUUGUUAGUGGCGAGAAGAAGUAUGAAAACACAAUGUAG